GUGGGCGGGCUGGUUCGGAUGAAAUUUUUUAUCCUCUGUUCGCUCUUCAUCAAUGGAUCUCUUCGCGGCAUGAUGGAUAGAUAGCUGACUUGCCGCAGCAAUGGUCGGAGCUGGAUUUGGCGAGGGUCUCGAACCCGCGCUGCAAGGUCUCCUCUCGGCCUCGGUGAGCACAGAAGAGAUCGGCCGUUUGUUCGCGCUCAUGUACACGUGCAGUCUGCUGGGCGACAUGAUCUGCGGCCCGCUUAUGUCCGCAUUAAUGUCUAUCGGGAGAGGCGAAAAUAGUGCGUCAGAUGGAUACUUCUUUCUAGCAUCGGCAAUCCAUUUCGGAGCUAUGAGUGUAUUGGUCUGCACUUUCCGACCCUUAAAACGCAGAGAAGGUGUAGACACAGAGAAUCAAAGUCGAGGCAACAUACUCCAAAGCACAGUAUCUCUUUUGGGAUAAUAACUGGAAUUUCCUUGGUCUCCAUAAACCCCACGUCUCCAAUCCUGUACAAACGUGCAACAAUAUGCAACCUUCCGA